ACACCACUGCAGAGGAGGAGGAGGAGGAGGAGGAGGGAAGGCCUGGUGCAAGGUGGAUGAUGCCUGUCGCUGGGGUGGCUACACUGAUGGCAGCCGCACUCAUGUUGGGAUUUGCUCUGGCCAGACUGAGAGGAAACCAGAUAGUGAAGGGCCAGGAUGGUGAGGCAGUGAGGGUGGUGGUGGUGGUGGUGUGAGGUGUUGACGGCACUGUCCUGGCACCCUUGCGGCACCAUGGAGGAGGUUCUGGAGGCACUGUUCCGAGAGGCAUCGCCCAGCAAGCACCAGCACCUUAGGGUCGCUUGUACGCAGGCAAAAGAUGUGUUGGAGUCCCAGGCUGGCUUGCUGCGGUCCCCCCCUUACCAGCUCCGUGCUCUCUGUCUCUCGGCACUGCAGGGAGCACUCGAAAGUCGGCAGUCCAAGCUGGUGUCCCUUGCUGUCUCGGGGUACUUUAAGAUGCUCCGCGACACCCAGUUCCACAGCGGGUAUGAGGAGGAUGACGAGAGCACCUGGUUGGCCGCUCAGGUGUUGGCAACGCUCCACUCCCUCCACCUGCAGCCUGAGGACACGCAGGUGGACUUACUCAAGGUGGUCCUGAACAUGAGCUGCGUGGCCGGGGUGAGCCUCUCGGGGCAGCUGGUGACGCAGGUGGUGGGCGUGUGCGGCCUGGCCUACGGGAGGGGCGGCGCGGCCCUCCGUACAGCAGCCCAGGCCGCAGCGUCCCAGGCCAUCGCUAGGCUCGUCCGGCAGCUGAAGGAGGAGAGUGAAGAGCAGGAGAAGCUAUACCACAACAGAUCGCCAGUUAAGAAGAAGGAAGAGGAGGAGGAGGAGGAGAAGAGGAAGAAGGAGGAGGAGGAGGAAGAGGAAGAGGAGGAGUGUGAAUUUAUAGCCCCGGCAUUUGAUGAGUCUGUUCCUGUCAUUAAUUUCAUCGCUGACAAGUUGAUGGAGGCAAAAAGGCAUGAGGAUGACAAGAAGGGCCCUGAGAUCCCUGCUCUUUACCUGCUGGAGUGCACCAAGACCCUGCUGACCUGCCUCUCCCAGCCCCAGACCCUCAUACACCUGCAUAAGCCAUCGGAAGCCACCUCCUUAGCCUCCUCUGCAGGUCCUCCGGGUUACUGCAGCACCCUUCUCACCGGGGCGCUGUGGCAGAGGCUGUGUCCGGCCCUGGUGGCACUGCUGGGCACUCCCGUCUCCCAGCGGCUGGCCAGGGCAUCCGGCCGCGCGGAGGGCCAGAUGGGGCGUGGGUCAGGGUGCAUGGCUCACCCCGGCCCUCUCUUUAAUAACCAGCAAGCCAGGGCCAUUUAUAGCGUGGUGUGUGGGCUGGUGGUGACGAUGGGAGGUGUCGGGGAGAUGCGUCCUGUGUUGGAGAGCCUUCUACACCGCAUGCUGCUCUACCCUCCACCGCAGUGCCGACAGGACGCCCUCAAGGCCAUCACUGAGCUCCUUGGCAAUCCGAUGAAGUUAGUGCAGCUGGCGGGCCCCAUCUUGUACCCAGACCCACGGAACCCACACCAGAACGACAUGGCCCUCUUCAGGCUUGUAAUGGACAGCCUGGGGGAAUGUGCGCGGUGCAGUGAGCCAGGUGUACAGAGGGUGCUGGUGGGGGCUGUCUCGGCCCUCCUCGCGUCCCUGGAGCAGCUCACCUUGGGCGGCUCCCUCUCAAAACAUCAUGUGGGCCUCACCAAUGCCCUAUACGCCAGGCUGGAGGAUGGCGACUACUCUGGUCCACUUACUUACGAGAACAAGACGAAACUGCCGAAGUACGAGGCGCAGGAGGGACCCCGGACCCCCCAUGACCCCCCCUCCCCCUCCCUGGAUGACCUCUCGCAGAAGGAAGAGGAGGAGGAGGAGGAGGAGGAGGAGGAGAAGGAGGAGGAGGAGGAGGAAGAUGGAGGAAUUGGAGAUAGUGAAGAAGAUGGAAAUACCGAGCAGAUGAAGAGCAAGCAGAGAAGGAAGAAGAGGAGGAGGAGGAAGAAGAGGGAAGAAGAGGAGGAGGAAGACACAGAUGCCUCAGGGGACACGGAGGGGCCUGAGGAUGGAGAAUCUGAGGAGGAACAGUUUGAGUCCGCCAGCGAGGAGGCCGAGCAGCAGAGGGAGGAGAGAGAGGCAUUGAGGCUGCACAGGCUGAACGAAACACUGCAGUCCACCUCCAACCUGCGCCUGAUAGUGGAUGAGGAGGCAGCGCGGGAGUGCGAGAACGCCCGCCACUUCACCUCCACCCUCUGCGCCCUCCUGCCGUCCCUGCUGGCGAUACGCAGCACAGUGGAGGUCGACCAAGCCAUCCUGGAGUUCUCGUCAAAGUACUGCGAAGGGGUGUUCACGGCCACCACUCAGGAGGGGUGUCAGCCACAGGUGAUUAUUAACGCCGAUGGAAUCUACCUGACGACCUACACUGCCCUGUCCCUGAACCUACAGCUGAUCAAAGGAGGCCAGUACUGUGACCCUGCCCUGCCGCUCCCUCUCACACAGGAUCAGUUUGUGGAGUUGGUGCAUGGCAGUGGUGUGCUGGUGUACCUUUCUGCCGCCUGGCUGGGUGAGGUGCACAAACAGGUGGUGAAGGACAGCUUCCUCCAGAGGGCUGGAUACUCACCUCACUCACCCCACAACUGUGCCCUCAUCAACCUACUCACAGAGUUGGAGUUUGGACGGAGACAAGCGUUUGACAGGGACUUGGAUGGCCUGGGCAGCACCGAGCAGAGGAGUCAGCUGCUAUCAGACCACAGGAGGCUGGAGAGGGCGGCUGCCAAUGUCACGCCCACGCCGGAGGUGCUGGCUGGGCUGAAGCUGUGUCGUCGCAUCGUCACCUGUUGCUGGGAGACUGUGAUCGGGGUGCUGGGGGCUGUCCUGGGUGGUGCCGGGGGUGGCCUGUCACUGCGGGGUCCCUUCAGGCUGCUGCUGGGGGCGGAGGGUGCCAGGGAGGAGGCCCGGAAGGCACAGGAGACGCUGGCACAGUGCCUCAACGCCCUGCAGUCUGCGGCGCGGCUGGCAAAUGUGCUGGGCCUACAAAAUCGCUGCGGGGUCGUCUUCUCCCUCCUCUCCUCUGCAUGCCUUCCCGACGAGGAGCGAAACCCCUCCACCCCCCUCCGAGGCACCCCCCGCCACCGCCUCCGCUCCCCCUCUUCCUCCUCCUCCUCCUCCUCUUCCUCCUCCUCCUCCAGGAAGACCCAGCGCCUCCACACAGCCCAUCUUCUGUCGCUCCAUGUAAUGAUGUCGUCGGGUCUGGAAUUGGGGUCUCAUUCGCCUGACUGCUGGACGCACAUAUUUAGGUGUUGUGUGUACCUGGCAGAGCUGGAGCACACCUUCUUCACCCAUAACAGCGGGUACCAGUCCUUCCCAACGCGCCUUGCCCCGCCGCCCCACACCUCCUCGUCGCCAUCCUCCUCCUUGCAGCUCGGGGCGAAGGUUGACUCCACCGAUGACAUGUUCAGCGAUGACUACAGCCGCUACAUGGUGUCGGCCUGCCCCCUGUCGCCUCCUCCCAGCACCAGUGUGGAGGAGCUGAUACGGGAGAGCCAGCGUGACACAUCAUCCAACUCCUGCGGCUUCCUCUCCACCCAGGACACGGGGAAGGCCAUCUGUGCCCUGACCCAGCUGGUGGACAGGCUCUUCGAUGAUGCCUCCACCAAGCUCAACAUGUCCUCGCUGGUGAGUUUCCUGACUGAGCUCUGUGCGGCAUCCCAGGCUCAGCUCUUCAUGCGCAUGGCACCUCAGACACCCCAGCGCAGUCUAAUCAACUGGGCCAGGAAGGGUGUUCGUGGCGUUGGCAGCAGUGGUGGUGGUGGCGGUGGUGGUGUUGGUGGCGGGCGUGGCGGCUGGGACGUCCUGCUGCUGCACCGGCUGGCGGAGGUGAUGCUAAGGGCCGUGGGGUCAGGGCGGCCACUCCUUCAUGUCAUGAGGGCCUGGGCCGUGGCAGGGCCACACUUCAUGGAGGCCGCCUGCCACAAGGACGCCUCGGUCAGCAAGAAGGCCGUCAGCUCCAUCCACGACAUCGUCAACGCGCUGCUCAACACCCAGAGUGAGCUGCCACACUUCCACUUCAACGAGGCACUCUUCAAGCCCUUUGAGAACCUUCUGUGCCUGGAGCUGUGCGACACAGAUGUGCAGGAACAGAUCAUCAGCAGCAUCUGUGAGUUUGUGGAGAGCUGCACACCAGAGAUCAGGUCAGGCUGGCGACCACUCUUUGGGGCCCUGCGCUGCGUGCGGGCUCCCUCCCCCCUCAAGGCCCGACACCCCUCUGGACCAGUGCCAGCGAGUGCCAGGGAGGGGUUGGGGCACCUCCGCGUGGUCCGGGACGUCUUUGAAGCCUUCCUCACCACCGACAACGUUUUGGUGUUUGCCAACGCGGCGCUGGACUGCAUCCUGUGCCUGCUCAAACACCUCCGAGGGACAGACAGCGACCGAGAGGAGGAGGACGACACGGAGGAUGGGGGGCGCGGGGAGAAGGUGGUGGGCUGGGAGGAGCUGGUGGGGGGCGGGGAGGACCUCUGCCUGGACGCCCUCCGCUACCUCCACCGCUGCGCCGCCAUCCUCGCCUCCAUGUACGAGAUGCCCGCCUGCCCUGUCUUCCACGCGGCCCAUAGGAUCACGGUCAACACCCCCCCCCAGCUGGUUGACCCACACCUCCCCGGCGUGGAUGAGACGCUCCUCUGGUCACUGGUGGAUGAGAUCGCUGGAACGGAGACGGAGAAGGUAUCCUACAAGGCGCUGUGGCCUUCACUGGACUAUGUGUCGGGGGUGUCUUUGGCCGCCCUGGACCACACUAGCGGCAUCCUGCAGGUCUGGUAUCUCCUGCUGGAGGGUCUCGCGGGUGCCACCAUGACCUGCCCUCAUCGUUACCAACCCCAGGCCCUCGACACCCUCUUCUCCCUCUUCAGAAGCCUGCCGGACUGCCCUGGUCCCACGUUCGGCAUGUACUGUGUCAACCACCUUCUUCUACCGCUAAUGCAAAGUUGGUUGAGGCGUUCCACCACUCAACUGUCCUCCUCAAGCCAGUGGGAGUUCAGCGCAUCCUUCAAGCAGUACACAGGGCUGACCUCUGACCUCGUGGUUGACUACAUAACCAAACUGGCAGACAAGGGGAUGCUGGGGGAGAGCCGCGGGGCACUCCUCAUGCUCCAGGAGUGCCUAUUGGUCCUGGUGGAGUGUGUCGCGCAUCCCAGCGAGGCGACGUCGAGGCUGGGGUGUGCGUGUCUGCGUCAUGUUGUCACGAGCUGCGGGGACAGGCUGCCUCCAAGAUACUGGGAUGUGGUGGUGUGUGCCCUACAUCGCGCAUCCCAGGUCGCACUCUACCCUCUAUACCAGCUGAUGACCCUCUUCCAACCUGACUCACCCAACUUCUACGGGGACAUAGGUCAGGUCAAGGUCGCCGCCCGCCGCGACUGCACCGGGAAGGACAGCGACCGACUCCGCCAACUCUCCCACCAAGUUUUCCUCCUCGACACACAGCGCACCAUCUCGAACGCAACCGAAAGCAACCCGGAUGCUGAAGACCGCUCGUUCAUCUUUCUGCUCUACCCUGAGGACCGCCAUCACUACCACAGUCCCCAGAGUCACCCGCCGCCCCCCCAGAGGAUCGGUGGAGCCCCUGGGGAGAUGGGGGGCGAGGGGGAGCCGCUUAGAGUGCCAUUUCGGACGUUAGUUGUCGGCCUCCUGUCACAUCAGAUCCUCCUGCAGACCCUCGGAACUUUGCUGGUCAGAGGCUCGCCACAUAUCAUACCCAGCCUGGCCAAUGUCUUACUCCAGGGCGGCGACUUCUCAUCUCGGCGGAGCAGCUCAAACAACACCACCAACAACACCAACAACACCAGUGGCGGCUUCGGUGACAGCGGGGACGGACGUGUGGCGGAGAGCGAGGGGCAGGUACCUGGUAUGCUCCGCCACAUGGAUCCAGAACACAUCCACAUCUUACUGGCGGCUCUCCACCUCUCCUACACAGCCGCCAUCGAGUUUGACAGAAGACCAGGGUUGAAAUUCCUCAUACAGAAGGUCGCGCAGGCUGAGCGGGCCGCCAACCUGUACAGGCAGGCCGGUGCGAGCUGGACCCUACGUAUGGUGACCCUAUUUGACCUGACCCUCUCGCAGGUUAAGAACGGGUUGGGCCUGACGGAGGUGAAGGAGGUAUUGGAGAGGGAUGUGAGGGUCAAGAACACUGUGUUGCAUGGUGAGGAAGAGGAGGAGGAAGAGGAGGAGGAGGAGGCAAAGAAGAAGAAGGAAGAGGAACUGCAGAAACUUGGACAGGCACAAAACACAACAACUGCACAGUGCCAUAGUAACUUGAGUGCCAACCAGGGCCAUAUUGAGUCCCAUACCAGACCAGACAACCACUUAGUCAACCACAGUCAACCAGAAAACCCCAAAGCAACCGAAUCCAAGAGGGAGAGAGAACGCCAAGGCAACCAGACAGACAACCAGGCACUCAAGAACAACCAGAAUCGAAACUCCACUGCAACCAAAACCACGAAAACUACGGAGUGCCACAAGACCCAGGGCAAGAAUGGCACCACUGUAGAGGACCAGAAGAGUGCCAACGCAUAUCACAACCAGAACCGAAACUCGACAGCAACCGAAACGAAGCGAAAUACGGACUGCCGAGAGGGUCAGACGGAGGGUCAUACUGCCACGGAGGGCCAGAACCAAGUGCCGCGUCCGACGUCCCUACUAGCAAAAAACACCACCCAGUAUAUCCAGCAAUUACGAGCAUCAUUCACCCAGCUAUGCGAUGUCUAUUUGGACCUUGUGAUCGAUCGGGACGGCCACUAUUCAGCGAUGGACCGCAUGGAUGACAAACCGAUAUUCUUCCUAACUGUACAGCCGGAUGAGUUCCCAACCGCUCACCGCCAGGCCUUGGAUGAGUGGGCCCGGACGCUCGAGGAGUCAACCGCUCAUCUUGCAAAAGGCCGGCGGAUGAGGGAUGACGAGGAGGAUGAAAACGAGAUCACAGAGAACGAAGGAAGCAGAAGAAGAGGAGUCGAUGGAUGCAAAGACUCAUCCACGCAUAUCCGCCCUAGUGAAGCCUUGGAAGUGGAUGACAGACACAUGGAUGAGCAGGAGGAGGAAGAGGAGGAGGUGGAGGUUGAUGAGAGAGGUGUUAAGCCGUUUUCCUUUUCCGACCUGGCGAGAGAGUACAGUUCUGAUUCUGAUGAUUCUGAGGUGCCGGAAUAUGCGGACGGCAAUGACUCUGGGGUGGCUAGCUUGGCAGGCACCCAGCAGAGCGUAUACAAGGUCGCCACAGAGAGGGAUAUCGCCACUCUGGUCACGGACUAUCGGAGGCGCAAAAACCAGCACUCCCUCCCAUCUCUAUACCGGGGGGGCCACCAGCGUGCCAACCCCUUCCUGGAGCGUCGCCCCCCUCGCCCCGCUGACCCUGUGCCUCCCGAGAUUGAAGAGCAGCGGUCCACUAGUCUGAUGAAGGACAGCGAGGCGCAUCUCAAGGUCUGGACGGAGAUGGUGGUGACCGUGUUCGACCUCAUAAGCCAGCUGAGCGACGGAGAGCUGCGGCCCCUCCUCCCCCUCCUGUUCCCCACCAUGCGUUCCCUGACGGCCCAUGCGCAUGACCCGCACCUCAGGCAAGUGGUGGCGGAGCUGCUGACCCGUGUUGCGACCCUGUACGGCUUUAGUCCGGCGGAAUGAGGGGUAAGGGUGUGGACUACUACUACUACUACUACUACUACUACUGCUACUACUACUACUACUAACUUUUUCCGUAUUUAUUUAUGUAGUUAGUUAUUUUAUUUUUCUCAUUUAUUUGUUUUUAUUUUAUUUCUUCUUCCUUUUCUCAUCCUUCUUCCUCUCUCUCCCUCCCUCCUUUCUUCCUUUCUCCCUCUCUUCUGUCCUUCCUUCCUUCUUCUGUUCCAUUCCUUGUUCCAUCUUUUUUUCCUUCCUUCUCUCUUUCCUCUCUUCUCUUUUCUUUCUUUCCCUUCAUCCCUUUCUCCUUUUUUCUCUUUCUUUCAUUCUCCUCUUCUUCCUUCUCUCUCAUUUCUUUCUUCCUCUCUUCAUUCUCCCUUUUUUUCCUUCUCUUUCCCUCCCUUUUUUUCUUUCUAUCUUUUCUUUCAUUCUUUUCCUUUCUUUCUUUCUCUUCUUUCUUUCCCUCCAUUCCCUUCCUUCCUUCCUUCCUUCCUUCCUUCCUUCCUUCCUUCCCUCAUUGCAUCCCUUCUUAAAUUAACCAUUCUGUUCAUUAUUAUUAUUAUUAUUAUUAUUAUUAUUAUUAUUAUUAUUAUUAUUAUUAUUAUUAUUAUUAUUAUUAUUAUUAUUAUUACUAUCAUUAUUAUUAUAGUUUUCAUUGCAAGGUGGCACUGGAAGAGAGUGGAUGUUACUGCACAAAAAAAGAUAUAUUAAGAAAAUGUUUGAAAUUACAAUAUUAAGAGGAAGAAAAAAAAUACAUAUGAGUGUGUAUGUGUGUGUGUGUGUGUUCAUGUGUAUAAUAAUAAUAAUAAUAAUAAUAAUAAUGAUAAUGAUAAUGAUCAGAAAAAUAUAUAUAUAGAUGGAAGAAACAUCGCUAAAUCUAUCCCCUUAUAAAUUCGUAAGUGACUGAAUCUUAAGCAAAAAAAAUCCUCAAGCAAAAUUAUUUCGUUUAUAAAAAAGAAUGAAAGAAAAAAGAAAAUAUAUAGAUGGAAGAAACGUCGCUAAAUCUAUCCCUCUAUAAAUUCAUAAGUGACUGAAUCUUAAGCAAAAAAAAUCCUUGGACAAAAAUUAUUUUGCUUGUUAAAAAGAAUAAAAGAAAAAAGUUAAUAUUAUGUCAUGAAAAAAAAAUAUAGAUGAAAGAAUCGUCGCUUAAUCUAUCCCUCUAUAAAUUCACAAGAGACUGAAUCAUAAAGAAAUAAAUGCUAGAACUAAAUUAUUUUGCUUAUAGAAAAGAAUGAAAGAAAAAGUUAAUAUUAUGUAAUAAAAAAAGUAUAGAUGGAAGAAUCGGCACUUAAUCUAACCCUCCAUAAAUUCAUAAGUGACUGAAUCAUAAAAAUAAAUAAAUAAAUAGAUAAAUAAAUCCACUGACAAAAUUAUUUCACUUAUAAAAACAAAAACAAAAGAAAAACAACAUUAGAGAGAGAAAAAAAUCCAGAUAAUGUUGAUAAAAAAAUAAAUUAAAAAACAUGUAAUAAUUUAAGAUUGUGUGUGUGUGUGUGUGUGUGUGUGUGUGUGUGUGUGCGCAUACAUAGCCUAUAUAUUUGCUAAGUUAAAUUUAUUACGCAAACAAAUGUUAAUAUAUGUCUUACAAUAGCUAGUCAGUUACUCAGGAGAGAGAGAGAGAGAGAGAGAGAGAGAGAGAGAGAGAGAGAGAGAGAGAGAGAGAGAGAGAGAGAGAGAGAGAUUCAGUAUUAUUAUAUUCUUUUUCUUCUCUUUGAAAGGAUGAGAGAGAGAGAGAGAGAGAGAUUCAGUAUUAUUCUAUUCUUUUACUUCUCUUUGAAAGCAUGAGAGAGAGAGAGAGAGAGAGAGAGUAUUAUCAAAUUCAUCUUAUUUAGUGUAUAAUGUAUAAAU